GUAAACUUUAAAAAAAAAUGGAAAAGAUAGAAACUCUAAAUGCACCAUUAAUCAGGGGAGGCGAUAAGCCGAUAUAUCAUGAAAGAGGAAGGACGCCAAAGAUAAUCUACUCCUCACUGAAUGACACUCCGACAUUGUCACCUUCUACAUCAUUCUCAUCGCUCGACUCCGGGUUUAUACAUGGCGGAUGUUCAACACCACCGAAUGUUCAAGAAUAUUUCACUACAAAUGGAAUGGAGGAAAGUAUCACGCAUGCUAACACUCAAGUGAAUCAAGUAAUUCCAGAAACUUCUACACCGGUACUUACGAGAGCAUCCAUUUUAAGGACAUCAAGUCAGCGUAUGCAUUCUUGGAGUUCGUCUCAAAAACAGUCUUUGGACAGAAAAGAUUCAGUACGUUUCAAACUAAGUCUUCCACAAGAGUCACAUGACAGCUCAUUUGCUGAUUCUGAUUCUGACAGCAAUAUUGGAUUUUAUACGAUAAAUACUAAAGAUCCGAAGGAAAAAGUUAAACGUAAGCGAAAGGUAAAAGAAACCACUGAAGGUUCCGAUUGGCAACCCGUUGUGCAAAAAUUAAAAGACAAUAAAGAAUCCGUUCGGCAAAAAAUUAAACCAGGCUACGUGUCUCAGUUAAAAAAGAUGUUUUCAUCACAGGAUGAUUCACUUACUAAGGAUAUUGAUACAAGUUCAAAGAAAAGUUCGCUCAAAAGACAUAAUAGUGCCAAUGACGUUUCCAACAGAUAUUUGUCUGUGGCUAAAACUACUGUAACACCUUCACAGAGGACUAACUCAUUAACUAACAUUAACAAUAGAGCGGACGUUUCUUCGUUACGUAAGUCUUAUGACGAACAUGGUGAGCCGUACAUCCUACGUUCUAAAUCAACAGAGAAUCUAGCUGUUAAACCACAACCUGAAAAGGCCAUAUUUAACACAGCAGACAAAUACGUCUCAGGUUUUGAGGUAAAUUCUGAUGAAUUCCAUCAAAGGCCAUCUGACGAUAUCAUAAGAGAAGGGCAAUAUCAUCAGACACACAAAGAUAAAGUGAACAAUAGUAACAGUAGAAAUAAAGGUGACCGAAAACCAGUACACAGGAAAAGAGUCCACUCAAAUGGAGAAUUUUCGGGAAAAUCACACAAUGUCAACAAUACAUGCAAUCAAAGUAUAUCAAGCCCGGGAAGUUUGCGGACAAAUUCUGUUGGCUCUGGAGAAAAUACUUAUAGUUUGCAGCGUUCGGUGAGCAUGCACAUACCAAACAAACAUCACCUUGACACAAGGACAAAUGAAGCUUUUAUUCGAACAGGAAGCAUGCGCACAACAGGUGCAUUGAGAGAUUUCCUUCAAAAACGAUAUCCCGACGAAGUAGACAUUAAUAAAGAAUUGCAUCAAUCCGUAACGGUUCAAAGUUGUAAAGAUAGAAAUAAUACAGAGGUCAACGAUUUUGUUAUGCAACCUGAUUUCAAAGAAAAAAACGACUGGGAGAAAAGAACUCAAAAUAAAAUUGACAAACACAAGAACGAAUCAUCUGAAAAACUGUAUUCACCUCGAUCAAAUCAAAAUGAAAAGUCGAUAUAUAGCCCUAGAUUAGAAGACAUAAACAGACAAACUGAAAAUAGGGAAUUACUUAUUAGAAGUGUUCUUCAUACAGAGGUAAACACAGAAUAUAAGAGAAACAAUGACAAUCUGACAAAAGUAACAUUAAAGCCAAAUGAUAAAGCUCCUAUACAUAGGAAUCAAAUAUUACAACGUAGCGUUAGUGAACGAAUAGCAAACGCAAUAACUGAAGGUAAAGAUAACAUUGAACAAAAACCAGUUGAAUCUAAAAAUAGAAGUUACGUGACAGAUGACCACUUGGAUCGGUCGCAAACUAAGGGUUUUGAUAAUGGACCCAGAUUUCAUAGAGCUGGGAGCAACCGAAUAGCUAAUAGUCCGAAACAAAUCACACAAUCAGUUAAUGAUAACUUCCAAAGAUUUAGCAGCGAAAGAGUAAGAAUUUCGUCAAAGCCAAUAGAAAAAUCAAGUUCACCUUUCAACAGAACAAAUCCUAACAAAUCGGCAACAUCAGCUGAUGCGUUAAAAAGUUUUUUACGUAAACGAUACCCUUCACGAGAGGACGUAUCAAAUCAUCCAAACAUUGAACAAUUCUCUGAUAAGUCCGACGAUAAUAAAGAGGAAAGUGAAAUCGAUCGUCUUAUCUUUAAAUUUGGAAUAGGUAACCAGUCAGAACGAAACUGGGAUAAAAUAACGAAUUCUAAAAUUGACGAUUAUGAAGACAAAUUUUCGGAAUUGUCGUCUUCCUCGCGUCAAAUGGAACCUAGGCUGAUCCAAUGCCCUACUCUAAUCCUAGAAACCCAACCGGUAUAUGGAAAUAAUGAAAACUUUCAAGAACGAGGAAUAGAUAUACCGACGCCUAUACCAGAAACCCCGUCUGAUAGUACUCUUUAUAAACAUGAAAACUCUCUAGAACAUAACAUAGAUAUACCAUUUCAACUAUUUGGUAAAUCACCUGAAAGUGCAAGUUAUCAACAAAAAGAUGCAGAAAGAGAUCUAGCGGAUACAGUAGAUUCUUGUUAUUUUUCUGAUAACACUUUACCAGAUUUGUCAUCUCCACCAGUAUCUUUUCGUCAAGAAGAUUUCCCUUCACAAACGACAACUCUACUUGGUAAAGACAUUUCUUCUGGACAACCUGUUUCAUAUUAUCAACAAAUAUCAGAGCUGGAAAAACGAUCACCAAACACGAAACAUAAACCUAUCAGUGAAGGAAAACCGACGCCUUUUCAAGAGAGACAUGAAACCGAAAAUGUCAGUAGUUAUUUGAAUGUUACACUGAAAUCACCAAGCGUAAAUGUUAAUUAUCCACACAAUCAAAAUACAUAUGCAAUUGAUGGGCCUGCACAAGCUAAAGGUAUUAUCUGCAGUGAAUUAGGCUCAAUGAAAAUCAGUGCGCCUAAUGGCGAUGCAGCUAAUACUCAGUAUGUUACCAGCGUCGACAUUUCGCCUUCGGAUACGUGCAUUAACAUUGAAACCAAUAACGACACUUACGACUUAGAUGAUAUUUCCGGAAGAUAUACCCCGGAUUUGUUACAAUAUUCUACAACUGCACAAGAAACUGCAAACAGUUAUGAAACAAAAACGUCAUAUUUAAAAGUUGAAUUAAGCUCUCCAAAGUAUACAGAACAGGUAUCAUCCCUGUCUGAAAAUAAUACAGUGGAAAUAAUAAAUGAUCAUGACAAUAAUAAAAUUGUGGAAAAUAUAAAUUUUGAAGAAAACACAGAACUACAGGUUGCAGAUACUACGGUUGAAAUGUCGGUAUCACCUUUUAGACCUGUUGAAAAAUGCGAAACAAAUGGAUUGCAGCUUAUGGAUUACCUUAAAGAACCAUCGGUCUUGAGUAAUCAUACCAAAGAUUUCGCUGUUGAGGAAAAUGUCAUACAAAUUGAAGAACGUGUUUCAUCUCACAUUUUGUAUCACGAACAAGAUCAGAAAGUAAUAAAUGAUUUACAAUUGACUAUGGGAACUGCUGAAGAAUUUACUGAAAAAAGUGAGGAAUCUACUGAACAUUAUAGAAUAGUUGAACCUGAUAUUCCUUCAUCAAAGUAUCUUUUUUUGAAUGAUAAUCUAAAUACAACCGAAAAUGAAAUUGGUGAUGUCUUACAUAUUGACCAGAAUAGAAAGGACACAUGUACCGAUGUUAUAAAUAUAAUUCCGAAAAAGACUCCUCCAAAGAAACCACCAAGAAAGAAGAAAUCCAACCCACAUUUUGAAACGCUACCUCAUGAAUUCAAAGAAUCCAUUAUAGAAACCUAUGUCACUCCGUCGCCAAUCAGCACUGGUUUAAAAGAGCCUGAUUUUAGUUUUGAUACUCCCGAAAAAAGUAUUUCUACUCAUGAUAUCGAACAUAAAGCUACAUGUCUUGCUGAACAUGAUAAUGACAAUUCAAAACAAUUCCGAUCUACGUCUGAAAUUAACACUAAAUGUUAUAGUUAUGUUUCGUCUCAUUCAAUUAACGGUAAUGUGGAGUUGAAAAGUGAAAUAAACAUUGAGACAUCUAAAACAGGUUUAUCACCAUCUCCUUGUUUAGAAGGAUUGGAUCGAAGAAAAGCUAGCAAUGCAGAUGUGAAUGAAGCAACCUUAAUCGAUAUAGAUAACGUCUCUUCUGUGAAUGGGGAGACCACUGAAAAAAAUGUUGUUAAUACCACUGAACUCCAAGAUAGCGUCAUGGCAGACCUUUUACAAAGAAAUUGUGGGUAUGAUAAUAGACAGUAUCGAAAUCACGGUACUAUGCUGGAAAAUAAAGCAGAAAGCGACAUUAAACAUGUUUAUCGUACGGAAAGCGAUGUUAUACAGUUUACAAAUUCUUACCAACCAUCUAGUACUAAUUAUUCGAAUGAAAAUAGAAAUGUUGAUUUGACAAACACAUACAAUGAUAAUAAUACUGAUAUAGUUAGUUUGUCGAGCGAUACUUCGCCCAUUAAUCCUGAUAUUGCUAGAUCACCUAUCGAUACACCACCAAUGGAUGAAGUUUUAAGAAAUACGGAACAACAAUUGUGUCAAACGUAUCUAGAUUUAAUGGAUACCUGGUUAGCAAAACGAACAAGGAACCGAAAGACAGAUGACAACAAUGAUUCAAACAAUGUAAAAUCUGAAAUAAAUCAGGAAAUUUUACUUAAAGGUUCUGACCAAUCCGAAUCGUCAGAUAGUUCUGACCAAUCCGAAUCGUCAGAUAGUUCUGAGCAAGACGAUAGUUCUGUGGAAGGGGAAUAUAUAGUAGAUACAGCGAUUGCUGAUGAAAAUGAAGUUUUAAAGGCUGGUCUGGAAGACCAGAAUUUUGAAGAAAACUCUAGAGGUGAGAUUACUCACUACGAUGAAAAUGGCGAAGUUAUUUUUGGUGAAAUAGAUGAAAUGAAUGAAAGAGAAAGUAAUUGUGAUACAAAUGAGGUGGAAAUGCUUCAAAUAAGAAGCGAUGAACAUCAGUACGAAACACAAUCAGAUGAUCCAGGAACACACGAAAAUAAAAACACUGAAAAUACAGAGGAUUUACGAUCUGCCCUGAAACUGAAUCUUGACUUUUUACAAGAGGCGGAAGAUGAAGAAGAAAUAGAUGAAGACUGUCAAACAUCUUUGCUUGAAGCUACAAAUAAAGUGGAUAAAUUACCUCUUACAAACAAUAAAGUAAAUAAACAUACACAAGAUUACAAUAAUACGGAGUACAAAAGUAAGCGAUCAGUUACAUUUGAUGUUAAUACAACAGAAGAAAGUGAAGUCAUUCACGCGUGUCCUACCGCAGGCUGUGAUCAUGUGACAGAUAAUUUUACAGGUAAAACUUUUACACCUUUAAAUCCUCAUCUAGAUUAUAAGGACCGUAAAUUCUCGACAACUGUGGACGUACAUACAACAGAUUUGGAUACUAAAACAAUCGGUGGUGCAUCUAACGAUUCCAAAAUAGCAAUCAUACAGGAAUUAAGGACUGGUGCUACAAUGCCAGAGAAAUCGUCGGGAAAUACUAACACCUCCCAAAUGUCUGAAUAUAAAGGGGGUAAAAAGAUAACGACGAAGACAACAAGUUCUGUUAAUAGUGGUGGUUAUAACGAUGAAGAGCAGACAACACAAAAACGAAACCUUGCACUCUUGACUGAUGCCAUAUCUAAACUAAAUGGAGAAAAUAAUGACGAUAUUAUACCUGAAAUUAACCAGACGAUCACCAAAUUAAAUGGAGGGAACCUAGUGAUUACUACUCUUACACACCGGGUUGUAGAGGAGGAGGAGGAUGGGGACAAAUCAGAUACGGCAUCACUUCCAGUAGUUUCGGAGCCGAGUAAUAGAAAUAAAUAUAUAGUUCAAGAUCAUAAAGGAGAUACAUAUAUGAUAGAGGAUAUUACUGAUGAAAGCUACGAGUACAGCACGUCUGAUCAUAGAUACAGCUCGGAAUAUGAAAGUGCAAGCCCUAGAAGUGGCAGUCCGUCAUAUCAGAGAAUUCAUAAUCUCAGAGCUCAUGGAAAUUCUGGCGUUGAUUAUAAUACCGCCGAGGAAGUCAUACUUAGUUUGUAUAAUCCGAAUUCAAUGGAAUAUACCGAAACUGACGAACGAUUUCAGUCGGGACAAUACACGAACGAAAGAUUACGGCAAGGUCAAGGUCAGUUGCAGCCUUAUGGAUACAGUGACAGCUCUUCUAAUAAACGGACCACAUCGUAUGAGUACGAAGAUGGUGGUGCUCCAAACCAGAAUCCGUAUGGUUCAUCGUCCCUUAAAACUGUUAAACAGUCUUACGAAAUGUCUUCCGACGGGCCAUGGGUAACAGAUGGUAAAUCUAGUUACGUUGGCUCCCAAGAUGUGAACAUGAAGAAGGAAGUGACAAAUCAAUCAUCUUCGUACGACCAGAGUGGACUUAAUGCUAUGUCAGCAGCUUACAUGGUGGAGGCUAAUUCGUCCGUCCCUCCAAUACCUCAGUUUAAUCCUUAUUAUGUGCAACAGCCAUUAAUGUUGCCACCACUUCAGGUUCCUCAAUACAACCUUCUCCAGCUAGAACCUAUUCCCCAAAAGGUAACUACUGGUGUACAGGUGAUGACACAACCUAAAGAGGAACAUCAAAUCGUUAAUUAUAAAGAGGAACAUCAUAGCGUUAAACCUAAAGAGGAACACACAAUCGUGGCUAAGAUUGAUGAAACUGACUCGAGACAGUUUCAAGAACGACCCGUGUAUAAAUCUGUAGCUCUAGUCAAAGGCCCUUACGAGUCGCCAAAAUGGCAUACAGCAAAGAAACAUCGUCCAUAUGAGCCACCGACAGACGAAGUUGACAGCGGACGAAAGUAUAAAGUUGUCAAAUCGAGUGCGUCUGAGGAUGUCAAGGAAGAAACGAUGGAAUAUGAAGAGACAACAAAAACUAUAACAACAAUGAAAACCGACAACGUCCAAGUCACUGGUGGACAAUUUCUAGACCAGAAUCGAAAUAUAAGCUCUAUAGAUGUGGGACAUAAUCGCCCGAUUGCUUUUAAUGGAAAUGCUGAAUUUAUGGAACCGAGAUAUACGACAGAGAGAACUUUAAAUGUAGGACGACCUGCUACCGAGGGUCAGGGUCGUCAAUUUCGAUCAACAGUCGAGGUCAAUAGUGGUAGUAGUGGUAGACAGAAAUCUUACGACCAAAUGGAUGGGUACCAAUCGAAAUUAUCUAGUAUACUAAACCACCAGCAACAUUACCAAGGAACUCCGGAACCAGAAAGGAAAACAUACACUGAUGUUGACCGAGACAUGCGAGUCGUCAGGGGAAACAUACUGAUUAAGAACAAUUUCGAUGAGAAUCUUGAUGAGUACAAUGAUAACAUUAAUAUGUUUGACAAUAAGUUUAACAUGAGUAAGACCAAUCCUCUAUACCAUAGUGAUGAGGAUAUUUAUAAGAGAUAUGAGGAGGAAAAGAGGAUACAACAGGAGAAAGAUAUCAGAGACAUGGAGAAUAUGGCUUUUGAAACUGUUGACAGAUUUUCUAAAUCCAAAAAUGUUACUCGAAAGGCUGGUGAUGGUGAGAGACGAAGGGCACCGCGUUCAAAACAAAACUUAACCAAUCUACUGCUUGCCAGACUCUCCACAAUGGACGCCAAAGACAUUCGACAAUCCUUGGACGUCAAACACCACCACGAGGAUAUUUAUGGAGAUCCACCACUUCAGCAAGCAGACGGCACGAGUUCGAAAUUGAUCACGACUUCAAAUUACGAUACAGUUACCGAAAAUGUUGACUUGGAAAUGAGAGAUGGAAAAGCUAUCAUCACGGUUAUAGUGACAGCAGAAAGACUUACACCAAUCGAUUACGAGUUCCAUGUUUGGCGGAAAAAUCAAGCAAUUGUCACGCGGGUUGUCGAAAUUGAUUUCUACGCAGACGAACAAAGGCGCGUGUUGUAUGAUCGCGUGAUGGAUCGCGUUGAUGACGAAGGGUAUGCAAACAAUAAAAGAUAUAGUCAUUAUACAAGACGUAAGCCAAUGGAGGUCACGUUAUCCAGUCAGGAUACACUUGAUUUGUUUAAUGAACUGAUGGAAGCUACGGGAGGGGAAGGUGAUAAGGAGGACAUCACAGUUAAAACAAAACGGAAUAAAACUCUCCUCCCGGAAAACCCUUUCUUAUAUUGAUGUCAAAACGAGAUGGAACAAGAACCAGCCUCCUGUCAGAACAUCUCGAUGUAUUUUUGAUGACUUUGUUUCGCUAUUUCGUCCUAAGUAUCAAUACUCAUACAGACUAUAUUAUGACAUGUCUUGUACCAUGCAGACUACAUUAUGACAUGUCUUGUAUCAUGCAGACUACAUUAUGACAUGUCUUGUAUCAUGCAGACUAUAUUAUAACAUGUCUUCUGUUACAAUCGCAUGUGUUUUGGAUAGUGCUUUAAAAUGUUUUAUAAACCAUUGUAUAUAUAUAUAUUGUUGUAUGUGAUAUUAGACAAAAAUGUAUAUUUCAGCUAUGUUAAUGGUGCUAUGUAUAUAAAACACAAACAGACGUGUAUUGUAAAUUCAUGUAGCAAUAUUUAAUAUACAAAAUAAGAAGAUCCCUAUACGCUAUUGAUUAUUUUGUUAUUUAUUUGUAUAUAUGUACAUGAUACUGGUAAUUUAUCAAAUGGUCAGAUUUUCGAAAAUAAAAAAAAAACUUUUUGAUAGAAAAUUUUAUUAGAAGAAUUCUUAACUGUAUUUUUUUAUUUAAUUUUCCCUACAGACAUGCAUUUGUAGAAGAAACAAAUAUGCAUAUGUUUAUCAGAUUUAUUUAGCAUGACAAUUGAAUUGUUGAAGUUUAAAUGGUUAUAAUGAAAAAGUAAAAAUCCAUCUUGAAGUAGAGUAGCAUGAAUAUAUUUUGAUAUGAAACGCCACCAUACUUGCCAAAUUGUACAUGGGUCUUUGGAUGGAUUGUUGUUUGUUUAUAAGUUAUAUACGGCAUUGAAAUCCUCGUGAUCAAUGAUAUAUAUUGUAUUUGUUAUCAAAUUUUGUUUUUAUUGCUUGAUAAAAUUAAAUAUAAAAUUAUUAAAAACAUU